UGCAUGGACGCGGCGGUGCCCCGCGCGCCCCGCCACUGAGAGCGCCCCGCACGCAGCCCUCCGCUUGGCAGCCCGGGCGCCAGCCCUCCCGUCCCGCGCCGCCCUCCGGGCGGACCAUGGAUGACAAAUCCAACAAGCUGCUCCUGGCCCUGGUGAUGCUGUUCCUCUUCGCCGUGAUCGUCCUGCAGUACGUCUGCCCCGGCAGCGAAUGCCAGCUCCUCCGCCUGCACGCGUUCGCCUCGUCCCAUGCCGACCCGUACCGCGCCGAGGAUGAGAGUCCGCCCCGCUUCGUGGCCCGCCUCAAUUUCACCGACGCCGAACUCCUGCGGAAGGUCGACUUCAACAUCAAGGGGGACGACCUCAUCGUCUUCUUGCACAUCCAGAAGACGGGGGGCACCACCUUCGGCCGCCAUCUGGUGCGCAACAUCCAGCUGGAGCAGCCGUGCGAGUGCAAAGCCGGCCAGAAGAAAUGCACUUGUCACCGGCCCGGCAAACGCGAGACCUGGCUCUUCUCCCGCUUCUCCACCGGCUGGAGUUGCGGCUUGCACGCCGACUGGACCGAACUCACCAACUGCGUGCCCUCCAUCGUGGACAGCAAGAAAGAAGCCAAGCUGCGCCCGAGCAGGAACUUUUACUAUAUCACCAUCCUUCGUGACCCUGUUUCCCGGUAUUUGAGUGAAUGGAGGCAUGUUCAGAGAGGAGCAACAUGGAAAGCCUCUUUGCACGUCUGUGACGGAAGGUCCCCAACUAUCGAAGAGCUCCCCAGUUGUUACACAGGGGAUGACUGGUCUGGCUGUUCUCUCAAGGAGUUUAUGGACUGUCCUUACAAUUUAGCCAAUAAUCGCCAAGUCCGUAUGCUUUCUGAUCUGAGUCUGGUUGGCUGUUAUAAUCUGUCUGUGAUGCCGGAAGAGCAGAGAAACAAGGUUCUUCUAGACAGCGCCAAAGAGAACCUGAAAUGCAUGGCUUUCUUUGGGCUCACUGAGUUUCAAAGGAAGACUCAGUACCUGUUUGAGAAAACCUUCAACAUGAAUUUCAUCUCGCCCUUUACACAGUAUAACAACACAAGAGCUUCCAGCGUGGAAAUAGAUCAGCAGACUCAAAAGCGGAUCGAAGCCCUCAACUUUUUAGACAUGGAAUUGUAUGAGUACGCAAAAGACCUUUUCCUGCAAAGAUAUCAGUUUACAAGACAGAAGGAUCACCAGGAAGCCCGGCGGAAGCGUCAAGAGCAACGGAAAAUUCUGAAGACCAGGCAUGCUCACAAGCACGAUCAAACUGACAACGCGACUACUGAUUACGUAGAGGACAUCGAAAAAUGGCGAUAAUCAGGAACGGGAACCUCGUCUCGAACCCCAAAGUACCAACGAAGACAAAUUGAAAUUUAGAAAGUGAAAUACUCCAAACGUAUUCUUCUUCCCUAAAUGGGGAAGCAAAAACCGUUCAAAUGUUGCCUCUGCAGAUGCCUUUCAAUUUCAUGUUAUACCAUGCGUGGGUAAAACAAUCUUAAUGUGUAAUUAAAUUUUGGACUACUUAUGAAAUCGAAAUGCCAAACCAAGCUCAACAGAAAUUGAUGCUUAGAUAUUUCAAGGAGUCCUUAAAUUAGUUAUGGAUACAAAAUGAAAAGACAAAAUGUGACCCUUUAACUUAUGCCUAAGAAUUGGUAUUUAAAUUAUUCAUGAUGCCACUCAAUCUUGGACGCAAACAUCUUUCCAGUGAUAAACAUGAACAAAAAGAACAGAAUAAAUAAAUAAAAGGGAACAUCUUUUUUUUCAUUUUCUUCUGAAUUUUUUAAAAAAGACUCUAUUUGAAUAAAACACCAAGUACUAGUGAUGUUUGCCAAACGAAAGAAAAUUCAAAAUUUCUCUAAAAGAUGGUAAUUUGACAGAUAUAAAUAUUGGCUUUUAAAAAUCAAAAAAGAAGAAGUCACGUGUCUUGUUACAUAAAGAAAUAUUCAAAACGUCCAAAUGUUUCUACCCACUGCUAUUAAAGACUUUUAAACUGGAUGUCUCUCAUACUAAAAAAAAAAAAAAAAGACAAAAAAAAAAAGAAGAAGAGCAACAACAAUGAAAGAAACGUCACUUUG